CUCUCUCUCUCUCUCUCUCUCUCUCUCUCUCUCUCUCUCUCUCUCUCUCUCUUUCUGCCUCUCUCCCCCCUCCGGCUCCUCCUGCGCCCGCCCCGGCAACGAUUGUUGACAAAAGACGCUGCUAGACGGAGCGAAGGAGCCCAGAGCCCCGGUACCGGUGUGGCCGAGGUGAUUCGGUUGUCGGUGUUGGUCGGACCGCAGCGGGCCGGCUCCAAGUGGACGCCCCCCCCCGACCCCUCCCCACCUCCUCCCCCUCUCCCCUUGCAAACCACCCGCGACUGUUAUUUACCGACGAAGCCAGCGGCCAAGAUGGGUCACUCACUGUGAGUGGAGGAGGAGGAGGAGGAGGAGGAGGCGGCGGUGGCGGUGGCGGCGGCCUUGGGCAGGUCUGUUCAGCCGGGAAUGGUGUGAGCUGAGACGGCCAGGCAGUCUGGAUCUGACCGGGGACCCGUCUUUCCCCCGGAGCCUCCGCGGCUCCAAGCCGCGUCCCGAGCCCUCCAAGAUGGGGAAGUGCGACGGAAGAUGCACGCUGCUAGUGAUUUGUUCACUACAACUGGUGGCAGCCCUCCAGAGGCAGGUGUUUGAUUUUCUGGGAUACCAGUGGGCCCCCAUCCUGGCCAACUUCCUGCACAUUAUGGCCGUCAUCCUGGGCAUGUUCGGCACCGUGCAGUUCCGCUUCAGAUACCUCAUCUUUUAUGCAGUAUGGCUUGUCCUUUGGGUGGGCUGGAACUCCUUCAUCAUCUGUUUCUACCUGGAGGUUGGAAACCUGUCUCAGGACAGGGACUUUCUCAUGACGUUCAACACAUCUCUCCAUCGUUCGUGGUGGAUGGAGCAUGGUCCUGGUUGCCUGGUAACGCCAGUGCUAGACUCUCACAUGGCCCCUGAUGACCACCAUGUCAUCACGGUCUCCGGGUGUCUCCUUGACUACCAGUACAUCGAGGUGUUGAGUUCCGCCAUUCAGAUCCUGUUGGCACUCUUUGGCUUCGUGUACGCCUGCUACGUGAGCAAAGUCUUCCAGGACGACGAGGACAGCUUCGAUUUCAUUGGUGGCUUUGACUCUUACGGCUACCAGCCUCCUCAGAAGUCCUCUCAUUUGCAACUGCAGCCUCUUUACACGGCUGGUUAAUCGAUGGUAGCGCCCCCUUCAGGCCAAACCCUGACGGUGUCACUGUGGAUGUGGAAGUGGAGGUCGCCCUGAUUACUCUCACUCUGUGUGUCACCAUUUAGCCGAGCAAUGGACUUAACCCCACCCAGAGGGAGAGGAGUUUGUGUGCGUGUGUGUGCGUGCGUGCGCGUGCGUGCGCGUGCGUGCGUGUGCGUGCAUGUGUGCUUGUGUCUGAGACAGAACUACAGCCCUGAUUAGAAUGUACAGAGCUCAGGGAAGAACCAGCAUGCCAGGGGGUGUGAUGAGAUAAAGGAGGAGCAGGAGGCUGGGGACACCUCUGUCAAAUCACCGAGGACACACUUCACUAAACUGCCAGCUCUCAACACUCCCACAAGUGCGUGUGUGUAAUGUGUGUGUGACUGUGUAACUCCACAGGACUAGCUGAAGCUUUGUGGUUGCACCCUGGACUCUUACCACUCAGUGCCGCUGUGAAUUUUGUUUUUUGGGGUGCCUGUGUGUGUAUGUGUGCGUGCGUGGGUGGGGAUGUAGGUGGGGGGGUCACAUAAUAAAAAGAGGCACAGCUCGUACCUGUCGUCGUUUUAGAAUGUGGUGAUGUCAAAUUAGAGCAGUCUUAUGAUUCUAGCUCCCAAAGCCAUCUUUCCUCGCUCACAUUUCAAGAUGUUUACGUUGCAUCUCAGGCUUCUUGAGGUAAUAAAGCAGAAGUGGCAGAGUGGAAGAGGUCAACUUCUCCAAGGAUCAGGCUGUUAGUAUUUUAGAUAGUUUAUUAUUGUAUUUUUUUCAAAUCCUACGAAAAGACCAAAACCAACAAUAUUUUGGUCUGUGUCGGAAUACUUUCCAGCUUUCUUUUUGCUUCUCAUCGCCAAACCCAUUAAUUCCUGGGGACAUAAGAUUAAACAAAAGAAAGUCACAGAAACAAUUUCCUAAAUCAUCUGGGCUCUGUAGUUUUAAGUGAUUCCACUCAAACAGCAGUAAAAAGUGCAUUUGUUUGGGACUAUUUUCUGCGGCAGAUGUGGACCUCUCAUGAGUAUUUACAGCAGCGGGAUCGUGUAUAUGGGAUCCCCUCACAAUAAACUAGAGUGCCCAGCUUCAUUGUAACGGAGGAACAUGUCACGCAGUGCAACAAUGUGGCUUGCUGAUGUGUUUUUAAUAGUUGUGGACAACAAUAGAUGACUAUAGCAAAUAUGCAAAGGCUAUAUCAGACUUUGGCUACACUCGUUUGAAAGAACUAUGCAUCGCUAAUUUUGGUCUUUUCAUUGGAUUUGUUGACAAUAAGAAAAAUAAAGGGCAGCAUUUCUGGGAUACUACAAAAACAGAGUCAGAUGUCCAGUGCAAGGAUGUUUAGUUAUCAGGAAAAUAAAAUCAGUCUACUACUGUACCUUUGAUGCCGCCGACUAGUGAUGCAGAUGGCUUUGGGAUCAGGCAUUAGUGUGUCUAUGGGGGGGGUAGGGGGUUACUGUGCAUGUAAAUAACCAGCCAAUGAUUGUUUUGUUGGUUCCAUUUAGAAAAGCGGGGGUUGCAUUAGCGAGGGGGUGGGACUGGGGGAGAGGGAUACACACAUCAAAGUUUUUCUUCAUACCUGUUUCUCUCCUCAUCCUCUUCUCUUUUUUGGGGGGAUUGUCCUAAUGUCGCCCUCUUCUGACUCAUCUGCAGCUAAUUGUCUCCAUCAUCUUGCCCACUAACUACACACACCCCUGCAGCUCAUCUGCUGCUCUCCACUGGAGCACGGCAAUGAAGGAGAGGACAAUAUGUAAUGCACAGUGAUGUAGUUUUUCUACCUGGAAGGGGAUACAGGAAGAGUGAGGGAGAGGGACAGGUAUGAGGCGAAGACCUUAUUGGGUGUACGGUUGUUUGAAAUAAUAAAAAAAAUACACUUUCUACAUUAAA